AUGUCAUUUAUCAAGAACUUUUUGACAGGUGGUGUUAAGACUUCCGAAGAUCCUACAGGGUUAACCCAAGGUAGUAACGGAAAUAAUGGGGACAACAACCAGGACAACAAGCCUAUUGUAGAAGGUAAGUUCUAUCCUAGAACUUUGUACAAGUUCAAUGGACACGAUGAUGAAAAGAUCUUCAUAGCUGUUAAGGGUAAAGUGUACGAUUGUACCCAAGGUAGACAAUUCUACGGGCCAAGUGGACCAUACUCGAACUUCGCAGGACACGAUGCUUCCAGGGGUCUUGCAACGAACUCCUUUGAUUUGGACACUUUAAAGCACUGGGAUGAGCCUAUGGACACUCUCCAAGAUCUUUCGGAACAAGAGCAAGCCGCAUUAGAUGGAUGGGUGUCUCACUUCGAGAAGAAGUAUCCUUGCAUAGGUACUUUGGUACCAGAACCAGGUGUCAACAACUGA